UUGUCGAGAUCGGUUGCGUGUUUCGGCCGGGCCCCGCGGUCGGGCCGCUAGGGGACUGAGGCAGGGCGCACGCGGGGACCCAGCCCAGGACGGAGCCCGGCCGGUGGGCUCAUGGCCGGAGCCGCGAUGGCUGAGCCCAGCCGCGGGCUGCCUGCGGCGCCCAGCACCGAGGGGCUGCCGCGCGCCUUCCUGCAGAGCCUGCGCACCCUCUUCGACAUCCUGGACGACCGACGGCGCGGCUACGUACACCUGCGCGAGAUCGAGUCCCGCUGGCAGGGCGCCGACGCGCGCGAGCUGCCCUGCGGCGUGCUCGAGGGCCUGCGCCAGGUGGCCCCGGCCAGCGGCUACCUGACCUUCGAGCGCUUCGUGGCCGGCCUGCGCACCUCGUUGCUGAACGCGGACGGCGGCCCGCGGGGCCCGGCGCGCGCCCCGACCCGGGUAGGCGUUCCAGCGCGGACAGGGAGCCAGCCGCCGCCGCCGCCGCCGCCACAGCGCCUGGUGUUCGCGCCGGCAGACGAGCUGCGGACGGUUCUGGAGAGAAAGUCCCUGCCACUGGCCGCGCGCCCCCCGGCGGCCGGCCCCAGUGGCGCGGCCCGGAGCUUAGACAAGCUGUGCGGCCCCGCGGAGGCGGCGCCCGGCCUCGCAGAGCCCGAGCGGCCGCAGGGAGCGGCGCUGGAGCGGAGCCCGAGCGCGGACUGUGGUGCAGUGGCCUGCAGGGCCUGGGAACUAGGUAUGGGAAAUGCCCGGCGGGCCCCCCGUGCCCGAGGGGAACGGCGGAGGCACACCAUCACCAAUGGCGUGGACUGUGACCUGCUGGAGCAGGUGACACAGCUGGAGCAGGAGGAGGAGGUGCUGCUACAGGGCCUGCGGGUGAUGACGAGGGGCCGCGAUUGGUGCCGGCAGCAGCUGCAGCGCGUGCGGGAGCGCCAGCGGCUGGGCCAGAGCAGGGCCAGCACCGACUUUGGGGCUGACGGGAGCUCCCCCCCACUGGGGCGACUGCUGCCCAAGGUACAGGAGGUGGCCCGGUGCCUGGGGGAGCUGCUGGCUGCGGCCUGUGCCGGCAGGGCUCUGCCCUCGUCCUCCCUGGGGCCCCCAGGCCCUGCCCUGGACCCUGGCUGGCAGCAGCAGACCAUCCUCAUGCUGAAAGAGCAGAACCGGCUUCUCACCCAGGAGGUGACGGACAAGAGUGAACGGAUCACGCAGCUGGAGCAGGAGAAAUCUGCCCUCAUCAAGCAGCUGUUUGAGGCCCGUGCCUUCAGCCAGCAGGAUGCCGGGCCUCUGGACUCCACCUUCAUCUAGCUGGCCAGCUGGCCUCAGGCGUGGACAUGGGCCUCUCAGCCUGGCCUGGCGCUGGCCCUGGCUGGGCACCCCCUGAUCCCCACCUCUCCGGCUGAAGGCCACCUGGCUGGCCUGGACAUAGCCCUCCCUCCUCUCAAUAUGGGCUCCCCCAGACUCCCCCAACCCCAGGUGGAACCAGCAGGUGGGCUGCUCCCCCAGGAUGUUCCUUCUUUCUGGCAGGGGUAGUGGGAGGCCAACCUGGGGUAGGGCUCCAUUGUGCAGGCACAGCCUGAAGCUGCUACUGCCACAGUCAGUGGACAGUGGAGGACGGCACAUGUUUACCAGAUCUCAGGCAUCCCUGGGUUUGUGGCACAGCUGACCGACCUGUCUCCCCUCCCACCUGGAGUCUCCAAUAAACUGUGCUGGUCACACGAGGUUGCACUUCCAGUUGUGGCCAGCAGAGGGUGUUGCGUGCACACUGGUCGUGGGUCCUGGAGCCCCCCCACUGUGGUGUCUCACCUGGGAAUUGGGAGUAGGGGACCCUGGGUGUGCUGGGACACCUGAGCGUCCUGUAGGUGAUUGGGCCUGGGGGCUCAAGGACAUUUUCCCUCAACCCAUGGCGCCGAGCGAGGGGGCUGUCCACCAGGAGAAAAUGGAGGGGAUGAGGAUGGCUCUAAGGGGGGUGUCUACCUGUGCCUUGUUCCAGGGGGGCCCCAGGGGAUGGUGGUCAGGGUGCACACCUGGGCCGCUGAAGGUUCCUGGAGUGGGGUUGGAACGACGGCCUGCUUGCCCCCUGCAUAGACUUCAGACCCUAGACCAACUGGGGUUAGCCAUCAUCCUUCCCAGCCAAGACACCCAGACUGAGCUCCACAGAGCACUCUGUGACCCAGGC